AUGUUGAAGGCCUUGACCACAAUUGCUUUAGUACUGAUUAUGUCAACAGAUACACUCAUAAUUCCUGUGCAUGUUCAAAACGAAAAUGGCGGAACGAAACAUGUGCUUGUAAAAAAUGAAUUGGGUAAUGGCGUUGUUCUCUAUCUUCAUUGUCGAUCCAAGGACGACGAUCUUGGCCUUCAUGUUCUUCAGAACGGAAACUACCAAGAAUGGUCCUUCCGAGAUAACGUUAUUGACACUACUCUCUUCUGGUGCUCCCUGAAAUGGAACAAUCAGCAACACAGCUUUGAAAUUUACAGUACCAUAAAUGAUGGUAGAAGAUGUGCUUCACAAUGUUUGCGACGUAUUAGACCAGACGGAGCUUAUUUUUUUUUUGAGUUUGAAGACUAUUGGGUGAAGGAAUAUGCAUGGUAA